AUGGUGCAUGUGCCGAAAGACUGUUCCUCCACGAACGAGUUACAACAGCACCGCGACAACCUUGCGAAACUCGCGCCAGAGCUCGUCGCUCCCCCUCCUCCGCCCAAGGUUCCCGUCGUAUCCGCAGAGGACCUUUCCGAACUCGAAAUCACCGCAAUCUUGGCGGAUUGCCGCUCCGCCGACACGACUCGGCGGCUCCACGGCGCAAGGACGCUGCGCGCGUUGUCGAAGGAAUCCAACGCGCACCGCACGUUACUUGUCGCCGCGGAGGGGGUCGUCGACGAGCUGAUUGAUCUACUAUCGGAGCCGAGCGACGGCGUUUCGGAGGAAGCGGUGAUUGCCCUCUUGAAUCUUACCACAAAUGAUUCCAAUAGGCGGCUCCUCCUAUCUAAGAUCCUCCUCCCCCUCGUCCGCGCACUUGCCAGCGCUGCUCAGCCCAUGGUUGUUCGGGAAACCGCCGCCGCCGCCAUUUUCAGUCUCUCGGUGGAGGACGACGUUAAAGUGGCCGCCGGCGACGCGGGCGCCGUGGCGCAAUUGGUAGAGAUCCUGCGGUUCGGCUCGCCACAGGGCAAGCGCGACGCGUGUAAAGCGCUCUUUAAUCUCUCCAUGGCGAGCUGCAAUAAGACGCGCGUUUUGGAGGCGAGCGGUGUUCCGGCCCUGGUCGAUUUACUUGCCCACUCCAACAGCGGAACCGCGGAAAAGGCGGCGGCGGUUCUGGCGAAUGUGGUAACGGUGGAGGCGGGACGAGACGCGGUGAUGGAGGAGGAGGAUGCGGUGCUGCAUCUGGUGGAAAUGCUCGAGGCGGGCACGCCGCGAGGCAAGGAGCACGCUACAGUGGUGCUGUUUCAGCUGGCGUAUCACAGCGAAGCGCAUCGAACGGCCAUCCUUAUGGAGGUGGUGAUUCCCCCACUCGUUGGGAUCACGCAGACGGGCACGGCUCGUGCACGAGAAAAGGCAAAGCAACUGCUAUCUAUUCUCCGGAAAACUGGUUGA